AUGGGACACAAGGAGCAUGGAGGGACUUGGCACAUGGAAGCAGCUCAACUGGAUACGCAAAGGAAGAAGGGAGAAGCCAUCUUGAAGACCAGCUCGACCGUCCACUCGACCAACCGGUCGAGUUCCUCAACUCGACCGGCCAAGCUUCAACUCGAUCGAGCUGAGAAGUCAAAGUCAAACCCGAAAAAUGUUGCUUCCCCCUUGACUUCCUUUGACCCUAAACCUAAUCCUCUUUGUGUAUGCGAACUCGAUCGAGUCGGUCUAACUGAAGACUUGGUCGAGCUAGACUUACAACGGGUAGAAAGAGGGUUCAGAGAGGGGAAUGGAAACCCUUUGGGCAAUGGACUCGGUCGAGCUAGGCAAACUCGACCGAUUGGUCAAGGAGAUGCUCCAAACCGCCACCAACAGAGACAAGGGAUUGUUCCACCACCAGUGCAGAACCACAACUUUGAGAUCAAGCUGGGAAUGAUCAACCUUGUCCAGAACAAGAUGUUCCAUGGAUUGCCAAGUGAAGACCCCAUUGACCACCUUGAUGAGUUUGAUAGGCUUUGUGAUUUGACAAAGAUCAAUGGUGUCUCUGAAGAUGCCAUCAAGCUGAGACUCUUUCCUAUGUCUCUAGCUGACAAAGCUCACCAAUGGGAGAAGAGCUUGCCCCAUGGCACAAUCACCACUUGGGAUGAAUGCAAGAAGGCCUUUCUUGCUAAGUUUUUCUCCACCGGUCGCACAGCCAAGCUUAGAGGAGAGAUAUCCAGCUUCAUCCAGCGAAACAAUGAGACAUUCGCAGAGGCUUGGGAGAGGUAUAGGGAGAUGCUAGACACAGCUAGCAAUGGGAACUUCCUCAACCAGGAUGUAGAUGAUGGCUGGCAACUUGUGGAGAACAUAGCUAACUCAAAUGGAAGCUAUGGAGAAGAGUAUGAUCGCACCAACCGGAGCUCGACCCACCACUCGAUCGAGUCAGACGAAAAGUUGAGAAAAGAUGUUAAGGCAUUGAAUGAGAAGUUGGAUAAGCUGAUCCUAGCUCAGUCCACAAUGAAGAAAGUCAACUUUGUGUCUGCUGAGGAGAUGGAACCAGUCCAAGAAGGGGAGGAUACACAAUUUGCUGAGGUGUGCUACAUGAGCAAUGGGCAAGGAGGUUACAACAAAGGAUACUAUAACUACAAGUCCAACCCUGCCAUGUCAUACCGCAACACUGAUGUUGCUAACCCUCAGGACCAAGUAUAUCCUCAACAACAAGCAGCUCGAUCGAGUCAGGUGCCACAACAUGGGUAUGGUCAAAAGAACAAUUACCAAGGACCACAAGGCACUUUCCCUGGACAACAAAUGAAUAUCCCACCAGGCUUCCCCCACCAACCGCCCCAGCCUGCACCUUCACAAGAGAAUGAGCUCAAGGCAAUGCUAAAGCAACUACUUCAAGGGCAAGCUGAUGGGGUAGUGGACACAAGCAAGAAGCUAGCUGAAAUAAACUCUAAGAUCGAGAACCUCAACACAAGGGUUUACUCUCUGGAGAAUCAUGCUUCUUCUGUUGCUGCUGCUACAAAGCAAGGACAACUACCUGGUAAAGCUAUUCAGAACCCCAAGGAACAGUGCAAGGUCAUCUUCACUCAAGAAGGACUUGUUGAAGAAGAGGAUCAAGAAAGGGUCAUUGAAGAUUUUUGUUUACUGCUGAAUGAUGAAGAGAUUGUUGCUGCUGAGGCUCCUGGAGUCCAGAUUGAUCAACCAGAAGUGCAUGCACCUACUGUGGCCAUUCACACUUCACCAGUUGAGCUCGCACGACAAGCUCGAUCGGCAGCUCGAUCGAGUCCAACUCUAGCUCGAUCGAGUCCGACCUCUUCUGUCCGACAGCCUGUUUUGCUUGAUCCUUAUCAACCGGUUGCCGCUUCCUCGUCUCGCCUACUUAGUCAAGGUCACAAGGAAGUGAUUCACAAGUUCAGAAGAGAUCUCAGUGGGAUUGGAAUUGAGUUGCCUCUAUGGAUAGCAUGA